AUCGACCUUUAUAUGGAAUUAUCCUUUACACUGCCCAGAAAUCAGAAUUAAAAAAAUCAAUCACGAAUAGAAAAAAGAGCCCAUUAAUCUUAAACAUGCAGGAUCGACCUUCAUAUGGUGUUAGCUUUUACACUGCCCAGAAAUCAUAA